AUGGAGAUCUCUCAUCCAGCUCUUCUUCAAUCUCCUCCUAAUGGGCACGUCAACGGUGGCUAUGUCGGUUAUGAGAACAAUGAGUUAACCGGAGAGUUCAGAAGGUUACACAAUGCCGCAUUGCGUUAUCUGUAUUCAGUUUAUAUAAUUGAGAGCUCUGAUCUGCAGUUCGCCAUCUACAGCAGUGACUGGUACAAGGCAGAUACGAAGUUCAGAACAGACGCUCAAAUGAUGAUGACCAGGGCAAUGAAAGGGGAGACUCUCACUGCCAUCAGGAUGUAUCCCAUAAACGUGGAAACGAUAAUGUCUAUUCUUCACUUCACUUACUCAGCUUCAGCUGUUUUGUCAAGAAUGGCUGAAUAAAAAUUUAAUUUAUCAAUGUAAACAUAUAAA